UGAUUGGUCGACAUCAGCAGUAAGUUUGAAAGUGACUGAAUGUGCUGCUCAUCCUGUCAGUGUCAGACAACAGGGACACAAAGAUGGAGAUAAUUCAAGCUCUUCACGUUUUUGUCAGAUCGCUGCUGUUUCUGCUGCUGUGGUCAAACUGUGAAGGAAGAGAGUCGGACCUCAACCACGUUACCUGCGGCUCACUGGUCAAACUGCUCAACACCAGACACAAUGUCCGCCUGCAUUCCCAUGAUGUCAAAUACGGCUCAGGCAGUGGACAGCAGUCUGUAACUGGAGUGGAGAACGCAGAUGAUGCCAACAGUUAUUGGCAGAUUCGUGGGAAGCCUAACCGUCCGUGUCAGCGCGGUGCAGCUAUCAAGUGUGGUCAGGCCAUCCGCAUCACACACAUGAAGACCGGUCGAAACCUCCACACACACCACUUCAGCUCACCCCUGUCUAAUAACCAGGAGGUUAGCGCCUUUGGAGAGAAUGGCGAGGGUGACGACCUGGACGUUUGGACGGUGCAGUGUGACGGUGUUCACUGGGAGCGCGACGAGGCAGUGCGCUUCAAACACGUGGGCACCGAUGUCUUCCUGAGCGUGACAGGCGAGCAGUAUGGCCAUCCCAUCCGCGGCCAGCGGGAGGUGCACGGCAUGAGCACUCCAAACCAGCACAACUGGUGGCGCUCCAUGGAGGGCGUGUUCCUUCAGCCCAGCCAGAUGCCGCUGCGCCACGAUGAGCUCUGACAUCAUCACUAGGAGACACAAAGCAUGUGGAUUCAAUUUGAGGGUUCCAUAGCUCUCCUGGACCAAAUGACGUCAUGUGUGAAGGAUGAAGAAUACUUGACUGAUGACUCAUCUCAGUACAUGUGAAGCACUCAGGGUGGUCUGAGACAAGGAGGAUAAUAUUUUUCCCUAAAAGUUUGAAUAAGAGCAAUGAUACUGUAUGUAGUGUAGGCAUAUGGUCUAUAGAUCAGUUUCCUCCUUAGAGAAUUUCAAAGUGAAGGAAAUAUUUUUUGUAAAAACCAAGGCUAGGUUACCAACUAGGUAAAGCAACUACCACUGGGCCCACAAAAGCCCUUAAAGACACACGUUCACUGUUGUAAUCUGAAUAAUUUUGUAAAUAUGCACAUCUAAAGAACAAUAUCAGUUGAAAUGUUGAUGGGCCUUGUGUCAAAUAAAACCUUUUAGUUCAA